AUGUCGGCCCACGCAAUGCGAGACAUCGAGAAUGUCUUCCGGUUAGAAAAGCGCUGCGUCCAGUGCGAGAAGCUCCCGCUGUCUUGCGAAGGCCUAGCAUGCGGGUCAGGCAAAGUCUGCGUACAGAUAUCGCAGACGUGCGACGUGUGCCCGUCGGUCAAAUGCUCAAUCGAUCCUACCGCAGGGCCCUCUGCCCCUAGCAAGCCGAAUGUCGGUGCCAUCGCUGGAGGCGUGAUCGGAGGAAUCGCCUUCAUCGCCAUUCUCACCUUCGUCGUCUGGAAAUACUGUCUCAAGGGCAAGCGGCGGCCCAUCACCGAGGGCGACUGGCAAGAGGUUGAUAUGGCACAGCAGGAGAAGGUGGACAACGACUUUGCUUCACGGCGGAGCGCGCGAGCAUCGACACACACCGUCACCUCGAUGGCCUCGUCCGUGCUCACCCGCGCUUCCAAUAUCAUCCAGAUUGCGUAUAUCCCCGGCGUUACAAACCGCUCAGGGCCCGGAUCCCCCGACCUGCUCGUUCCGCCCGUUCCUCCGAUUCCUUCCAUGUCACCGUCGUCAGGUAUGGGCAGCCCAUACUCGGGCUCCGAGCAGCACUUCUUCGUUCCAGACUUCCGAGACUCGAUGGCGUCUACCAGCACCGCGGGCCGCACUAGCAUUGCACCAAGCGUCGCCCAGCGAGGCAGCGUUGCAUCGACCAUGUACCGCCAGAACGCAAUCGUAUCGCCGCUGCCAGCCCAGACCGUUGUGCGUGGAAAGGCAGCUGUUGUCAGCGUCAAGUCUACUGCAUCGAACAGUCCAUCCGAGACACCAAGCUUGGAGACACCACCAGUUCCCCAUAUCGACCCCAAGCAUACCUUAAAGCCCAUUCGCAUCGCCAUGCCGGGCCUCAGCCCGUCGAGUUCGAUCCGCACUACCGCCCAGCUAGGCCCUGUCCGCGCGCUGAACAUCACAAAGAAGAAGAGUUCCGACAUUACCCCUCCCAAGAGCUCCUCUGCCUCGACCGCCAGUGCCGAAAGGACACUAGUCAACACACCCGAAGUCCUUGUGCCUUCCGCGCGGCCCCUCACAGACUACUCCGUAACUUCAUCCGACGACGGCAUUGCGCACGCCCGCGCUCGCAAAGCCGGUCAAGUCGACACAGACUCUGAUUCCGAGGACGAUGAUCACGAGCGUGCACGACGAAGCCUUCACCGUAACUCACUCAGCGACCGCAGCUCAGGCUUCACCGAGAUCCAAGAUACGCCUACGAUGAACCAAAGCCCUUUUGCCGACAGCGCGAUGCUAGAACCUGCACGGCCGGCCAUUUCACAGCGCAUCACAUCGUACGACACAUCUCAGGGUCUUCGCACACCCAUGACACCUAUUGUUGAAGAGUCCAUGUCAAAACGGGGGAGUACCGUGUCCAACAGGAGAGACCAGAGUCCCUUCUCGGACAGCAACAGGAGCGAUCUGUGA